AGUGAGCCAAAUGCUGUUGGGUCAUGCUCACACCCUGUUGUGGAAGUCAAAGAUGGCAGGACGACAAUCUCAGAGCAGAAUUUGUUUGAAGAUAUGCCCUCAGCAGAGAACUCGUCAUGAAGCCUACAGCGAGCCGUCUAAAGAAGUACAGAGCUGGAUGGCAGCGGCAAACCAGCGCGUGCAUGCGCAUCAGAAUAAUCAAAAUUCCCGCCAGGUCUGCAAACUCACCGCCGCUGCUGAGCGUCAAAAUCAGCUCACAGCGCAAUUAAAGGCCGCUGAGGCGAGGAAUCGUGUUAGACAACUGAGGCAACACUAUCAACACCUGAAGGAGCAGGAAAUUAGCUUAAUGAUUUCAUGCCAGUCUAACGCGCAGAGGGCUGUGCGCCUGGAGCAGCUACUCCCUGUGAGUGAGAGGAAGAUAAACCACACAGACUGCAUGGACCAAUUACAGAGACGAAGAGUUGAAGAAAUCCUAGAUGAGAAGGGCCUGACAAUCAAUCGUAGAUGACUGAAGACAAAAAGGAAUAUAUUUUCUGAAAAUGCAGAUUUUUCUUUCAUGUGGAAACCAAAGGGGGAUGCCAAAGUGGAGAGUGGAUGUUCAGUAAUCCCAUCUCAGCAGAUUAUGAUCGAGAGCAAAAACCCAUCUAGACAAAAUGAAAGUCUUCAGCUGAGGCACAGAGGUUUCCAGGAUGAAAAAAAGAGCCCAGACCAACAUCACCAGCAAACAGAAGUGAGAGUAAAGAACAGGGCAGCUUGCUAUGUCAGUAGCAGUCAAACACAGAUUGCUGGCAGCAAGGCUUUUUUGUGUGUGAAGUGUCUGUGAAGCAUCGGGGGGUGAAUCUGGC